AUGCAAAGUGAUUCGUCGUCUCUUGAAACGCUCAAAGAUAGUUUAUUGAGCGCUGUUGAUGCUGAUUACAAUGUUACAAAUCCAGAAUUAGUCCUGGAUAUUAUUUCCCAAUUAGAAAAAAUUCAAAUAACUAGAGAUCAAUUACAAACAACUCGUCUUGGUCGAGAAAUAAAUACUAUUCGACAAAAAAUAGAUGCACGAAAAAAAAGUGUUAAACCAACAACAGAUUAUCCUCAAUCUAUAAUUGAAAUUGCUCAACGAGCAAAAAAACUUCUACGCUCAUGGCAAGGUUUACUUAAUACAUCACAAACUGAUAGUAAUAAUGCUUCAUUAUCAUCUAUUCCACCACCGACAACACCAUCGUUGCCAUUACUUCCAACUCCUUCGACUAAUGGCGAAGUUCAUGAAUCAAAAUCACCUCCAUCAGAAAAACCUCGUUUAAUACUUAAAGUUAAAAUAAAUCCAUCAAUAGCAACAAAUAGUAAUAAUGAUACUAAUAAUACACAAAUAAAACGUAAACAUGAUUCAGAAAUUAAUGGUUUACCAACGAAACGACGAAAAGCUCAUAUUGAAAGACCAAUAACAUCACCACCGGCACCAUCAUCAUCAUCAUCAUCAGUGUCAUCACCAGUUGGUUUAAUUGAACCAAGUAAUAGUUUACCAAGAUUAAAAACAACUCAACAACUUCUUAUGGAAAUGCAAAUGAAUCAACCUGAUGUUUUAUCAACACAAACACCAACUGUUAAUGCUAUUUUACAAAAUCAAAUUAUUGAUGAAAGUUUACAUGAUAAAGGAAAAGUUGAUUAUUCAGCUUUACAUCAUGGAAGAGAUACAACUAGUUCGAAUGUCAAUGCUAAUUAUCAAAAACAAUUAUCAUUUGCUACCCUUCCAAAUGUACUGUCCCCCAGCAAUUCAACAUUAUCAACCGGUUCAUCAUCAAAACGUCCACCAGGAGGACUUGUACGACGUCCAUCAUCAACAUUAUUAUCAACAAAUACAAAUUGGGAAAAUGGUAGUAGUGCUGGUGGUUCACCUGUUUCUCCAUCUUCUUCCUCUUCAUCAUCAAUAACUAGUACAACAUCUUGGCCUCUUUCUACAAACAUUCCAGAACCACCAUCAACUAUACCUGUCAUUCCAAAAAAGAAACGUCGAAGAAAACUUAAUGACCCAUCACUACCACCACCACCACCCAUACAACAACAACAACAACAACAACAAAUUGAAUCAUUUAAUAUCGAACAGUCAACACCAUUAUCACCUGAUUUGCCAACAAUAUGUUCAUCAUAUAAUACAGUUGCUGAACUUGUUGAAGCUCAUCGUCAACGUGUAUUAGCUGAACAUGAUGCAAGAGAAUUAGAAGCAAGACCUGAUUUACUUUUGGCACCUAUUGAACAACUUGCUUUUGUUUAUGAACGAGAAAGGACUAAAGAAUUAAAGUUACCACCCAAAUCUAAACAAACAUCAUUGACGACAGUUGAUAAACUUGACCAUCCAUCUGGUCUUAUUGCUUUACCAUUUAUUGAUUGUCCACUUGACUUUGAUCUCGUACUUGAUGAACUAGUCGUACAACAACCGACGCUGGAUAUGUAG